AUGAGCGAAAGAAUUAUUUCUGAAUUAGUUUUGCAUAUUCAAAAUAAUUCAAAUUUGUCUUCAAGUUUGUGGAGUGCUGUUAGAUCUAGAGGUUGCCAAUUUCUUGGGCCAGGAUUGCAGGAAGAUGUUUUGAAGUUGGUACGUCAUGCAUUGUUGAAUGGAGAGAAAAUUGCAAGAAAAACACUUGUUCUUUUUGUUGUUGAUACAUUAAUACAUGAAUAUCCAACAAUUUCCAAAACUUGUGUUGGGCAUGUUGUUCAACUUCUUUAUCGUGCUAGUUGCUUUAAUGUAAUUAAAAGAGAUGGUCAAUCCUCUUUGAUGAAUCUUAAAGAUCAAUUUCGUGAUUAUGAUGCAUUACGUGCUGAACAUGAUGCUCAAAUUGUUCAAAUUGCAAUGGAGGCAGGUUUGAGAAUUUCGCCAGAUCAAUGGUCUUCUUUACUUUAUGGCGAUUCUCGACAUCGAGCCCAUAUGCAAUCAAUUUGUGAUCGUUUAAGUCAAAAUUCUUUGACUCAUGCAGUUGACGAAUUGCGAAAAUUGGUCAGCCAACAGCCAAAAGAAAAAGAAUUGUUUGAUAUUAUAAAUAUUUUUGGACAUUUUGAUGAGUUGUCUGCGUUAUUAGAUAUUAAAAGUCCAGAUUUUGGCAAUAUGGAAAAGUCACUAGGACAUUUAAAUUCUAUUCUAUUGAUUUAUUCUAAAUUUGUUCAGAGCCGAAAUUUGGGACGGGAACGACGACUUGAAUUGGUCAGCAAUGAGAAUCGGCAAUAUAAUGGUGAUAAUACCGAUCGUCCAUUGCAAACUUUUUUGAAUUUUCGUCCACCACGACUUUGGAGCCCAGCUGCAUCAAUUGAAGUUGAUUGUCGUCCACAGCCUCCACCAAUGCCAAUUAUGUCACAACCACCCAGUUUGGCUAAUUAUUUGGUUGAAUCUGCUUUUGCAAUGCCAAUGGGAUCACCUCCAAAUUUUAUUUCUCCACCGUUGGCACCUCCACUUAAUUUAUCUCCAAAUGGUUUAUUUCCGUUUGGGGCAAUGAGAUGUGGAGAAGGGAAUUGUUUGGUUGGUUCUCCGCAACGGGAUUCUAUUGAAAAUUUACCAGCAACAUUUCUGCCUGUGUUGCCUGUUCCUCAAAAAAUUGAUUCAUCCGAGCCUCUACCAGUUUCUAAUACGCCAUUCAUUUUGAACCAAUCAAGCAGUCCAACAUUGUACAAUGGGAGUGGACCAUCAAUUAUUGUCUUUAACGGAAAUUCAAAUCCAGAAUACACGCUUGAUAACAAUCCUUCAACACAAACAUUCAACAAUCAAGCAGUUAACAACAAUGGAACUAAUGGAGGAGGAGUAUUAUUGUCUUCAUCUCCACCAACAUAUCAUUUGGGUUCAAAUAAUCUUGUUCAAGUUCCUCCUCCAUCACAAUUUUCUAUUCCAAUUCAACAACCAUCAUCGCUCAUUCUCUACGGGUCAACUCCACCUAAUCCUUCUGCAUUUGGUUCACCACCUCUUUUAUUUCCUCAUUGGUUUUUUUGUUUAAAUAUUUGA